AUGGAAGAAACAGAUCGGCAUCUAGGCGAACAUGGAGAGACUGAGAUUGAGCCACUUGGGGUAUACGAAGGCGAAAGAAAUGAGAAUGGCGAAAGACACGGUAACGGGAAGGCUUUACUGCCGAACGGCGAUAUGUACGUUGGCCAAUAUCGUGACGGGCUUAGAGACGGUAAAGGUGUCUACGUGUUCAAAAAUGGUGCUCGGUAUAACGGCGAAUGGAGACACGGAUGCAAAUACGGUCAAGGGAUCUUUUGGUAUCCUGACGGAACGCGAUACGAAGGGGAAUGGAAACGCGACGAGAGACACGGCUUCGGCGUUUAUUAUUACGCUAAUAAUGAUAUCUACGAAGGCUCGUGGAAGAAAAAUCUUCGCCAUGGUUUGGGAACGUAUUUAUACGCUAAUACAGAAACGAAAUUUAUGGGCACGUGGGUAGACGAUCGCAUGCAAGGACCUGGGCAACUCGUUCACGAGCGUCAUCGUUUCCAUGGUUUUUGGAAAUCGAAUGUGCCAUACGGGCGCGGUUGCUUCACUUUCGAAAACUUGUGCAUGCAACAUGGUCAUUACAUACAUAUGAGAGAUCCUGCAUAUGACCAGGCUUGGAUAUAUACGGAUAAAAUUGUGGAGAAAGGCGAUGGGGACAAGACAGAAGAACCGUUUUCCCCAAGGGGUAUUCUGCCGGUAUGGCGUGCUCGUUGCAUCACACCUUACAAUCCGGAGUUAUUGCCACCAGAAGCAGUACCCUUGCGAGAAGAAGAUUCAACGGAAUCUUUGAUUUUGAUUGACAAAAGCGACGAUGAUUUCUGGCCAAAGAUCGAGCAAGACUUGGAUUAUAUUGAAGGAGAUCACGAACAAUAUUAUCAGGAUUAUACUGAAGGAGAUCCCGAAGAAUAUUAUCAGGAUUAUGCUGAAGGAAAUCACGAAGAAUAUUAUCAGAGAGAAGAGCAUUGACGCAUUGACACAUUUCGCACUGACGCUCCUUAAAUGUUUGAAAUUGCAAACUGAAUCGAUCAAUCAAUUGGGUUACCAUACAUUAUUACCUUAUUCUCCGCAUCCUUAUCAAAUGUCAUUAAUUGAUAUAAUUAAAUUAAAUUAAAAAUGUUCUUAUAUUUCUUCAUAUUUUGCAAAACGAAAUAAAAAAAAGCAAGUGCAUGAUUUUAAGCGCUUUAUUUAAGAAAUUAUAACAACGAAUAUAUGUGUGUGUGUAUGUGAGUGUGCAUGCGUUCUUGCCACGCAAAACGUAGGAAUAUUAUUACAUUGUUGGAAAUCAUAUAAUAUCAUUAUAAUACUUGCAAUAAUUAUAAUAAAUGCGCAAGAGCGAUACAGUAUUCGCUCGAUCGAUAGUCCUACAUGUCGUACGUUAUUUACAAUUUGUUAGUGCAGUGUCGAAUUUAUUAGUCAGAGUAUGGUGAUUAGUGCACACAAUCGAAUUAUAUACAUAUCUUUUUAAGAUGUUUACGCGAAAUUGUAAAAGCACAAGCUCGGUUAUUGUUGUUCGUUGCGCGCGCAAGCCUGUUUGAAGUAAUCCUGUAAAGGAUGUGUCGCAGAUACGAUUAUAUUUCAUGUCUAGGUCCAUAUACUUAUUCGUACAUUUAUAUCUACAUCCUAUGUUUAUUUUUUUAUACUCAGAAUAAUUACGUUUACAAACGUAAGGACUGAGGGAGGAAGACUAAAUUUCAGUCGGAAAGUUGAUAAAGUCAUACGAAAAAGUGAAUGAAACGGUGAUAUUAUGUAUAUGUAUAUAAGUAUGUACAAUAAUAUUCAUAAUUCAACA